GCAGAGGGCAAUGAGAGGGAGAGGAGGACAAGGGGAAAGGGAGAUGAGGAUAGGGGGGAGGGGAGAGGAGUACAAGGGGAAAGGAGAUGAGGAGAGGGGGAAAAAGAGGGGAGGACAGGGUGAAAGGGAGAGGCGGAUAGGGGGAAAGGGACAGGAGGCUAGGGGGAAAGGGAGAGGAGGACAGGGAGAAAGGGAGAGGAGGAUAGGGGGAAAGGGAGAUGAGGACAGGGGGAAAGGGAGAGGCGGACAGGGGGGAAGGGAGAGGAGGGUAAGGGGAACGGGAGAGGAGGACAGGGGGAAAGGGAGAGGACAGGGGGAAAGGGAGAGGAGGACAGGGGGAAAGGGAGAGGAGGAUAAGGGGAAAGGGAGAGGAGGACAUGGGGAAAGGGAGAGGAGGACAGGGGGAAAGGGAGAGGAGGACAAGGGGAAAGGGAGAGGCGGACAGGGGGAAAGGGAGAGGCGGACAGGGGGAAAGGGAGAGGCGGACAGGGGGGAAGGGAGAGGCGGACAGGGGGGAAGGGAGAGGCGGACAGGGGGAAAGGGAGAGGCGGACAGGAGGAAAGGGAGAGGCGGACAGGGGGAAAGGGAGAGGAGGACAGGGGGAAGGGGAGAGGAGGACAGGGUAAAAGGGAGAGGAGGACAGUGGGGAAAGGGUAGAGGAGGAUAGGGGGGAAGGGAGAGGAGGACAG